GAAUGACAGUUCGCAUCAUUUUCUUGUCAUGAAUAUUCGCGAAGCUGUACAAAUAACUCCUUUAGUAUACCCUUUUCGAUGAUUGCUUUCUGAACUCCCUUCCUCUUUCUUCGUCCUCACCUUUUCUUUUGGUGGGUUUAUUUUCACGACUUGAAACUCUUAUUUGCAUGUCAGUACUAAUAAUAGACUACAUUUGAAUUGAAUGGCCUGAAAGAUUCCCCUUUUUGAAAGGAGCAAAGCUCUUGGAGUGCUACGACCAAAAUUAAACUUUGUAAAAGAAUCUCAAUCUUUAGCCUGAAAAGAUGGAGCUUCUUCUGCAACCGCAGCAAGGAGGAGAGUCUUUAAUGGGGACCAUUAGGAUUGCUGUUUUGCCCAUAGCAAAAGUUUUUACCAUUUGCUUCAUGGGAUUUCUCAUGGCCUCCAAGUAUGUUAAUAUUUUGCCAGCCAAUGGAAGGAAGCUUUUAGAUGGGUUGGUGUUUUCACUUUUGCUCCCAUGUUUGAUGUUCUCUCAACUUGGACAAGCCAUUACGUUUGAGAAACUGCUUCAGUGGUGGUUUAUCCCUGUAAACGUUGUCAUUGCCACCAUAUCUGGUUCUAUUAUAGGUUUAAUUGUUGCCACAAUUGUACGCCCACCAUACCCGUAUUUCAAGUUUACCAUUAUACAGAUUGGAAUUGGGAAUAUUGGAAAUGUACCUCUAGUCCUGAUUGCAGCAUUAUGUCGAGAUAAAGAAAAUCCUUUUGGUGACUAUGAGAAAUGCUCUCGAGAUGGAAAUGCAUACAUCUCAUUUGGCCAGUGGGUUGGUGCAAUUGUCGUGUACACCUAUGUAUUUCAUAUGCUCGCACCUCCUCGUGAAGGUACCUUUGAUGUUGAAGAUGGAAAUAUUCACAUCAAGACUCCUAAUAAAGAUAGCCAUCCAAUGGGUAGUUCCACAGAGAAAGUUCCAUUACUCACAACAGCUGGCCCAAGUGCUUCAACGGAAGAAAAGAGUAAAAGUUUCUUUAAAUUUCUCUAUGAGAAACUGAAACUCAAGCAAAUCAUUCAACCCCCCAUUAUAGCUUCUAUCCUAGCUAUUAUCAUAGGCUGUGUGCCAGUCUUAAGGCGACAGAUAUUUACUUCUGAUGCUCCAUUUUACUUCUUCACUGACAGCUGUUUGAUUCUUGGGGACGCCAUGAUUCCCUGCAUAUUGUUGGCUUUAGGAGGCAACCUUGUUAAUGGACCAGGAACUGGAAGUGCAAAGCUUGGUCUAAAGACAACUGCUGCCAUUAUUUUUGGGCGGCUGCUAUUGGUUCCUCCAACUGGGCUUAGCAUAGUUAUGUUAGCUGAUAAGCUUGGCUUCCUUCCCACUGAUGAUAAAAUGUUCAGAUUUGUUUUACUUCUCCAGCACACUAUGCCCACAUCUGUACUUUCUGGUGCUGUUGCUAACUUGAGAGGAUGUGGGAAAGAGGCAGCUUCUAUCUUGUUCUGGGUUCAUAUCUUUGCUGUGUUCUCUAUGGCCGGAUGGAUAACCCUCUAUCUCAACAUACUCUUUUGAAUCAUAAACGAAGGAAGGAUUUUGAUGAAGAUAUUUUAUAUUCCUCUCCUAAGAUUCUUCCAGCUUAUCCAAAGUUGCUGCUUCUAUGCCAUCAUUGUUAAUAGUUACUCGAGAAGAUGUAUUUAUUAUGUAGGAAAACCAGCUACAACUAUAAAUAAUUAUUGAUAGUGAAGAUAUUGAUCAUUAUCCGCUGUUUGCUGCUUCAUAUUCUAAAAGCAACUUGUGCUAACUCAGAAAAGUUUAUAUCA